AUGUAAUAAGAAAAAGAUUUACCUUAAAAAGACACUAGAGAAUUCGAUUAUUCAUAAAAUAACUCUUGUAACUUCUUUAAAUUAUCAAAAUAAAAGAAAUAUAAUGCAUAUUAAAUUAAAUAUAUUAAUGAAGUUAAUUGCAGUUAAUUUGACGAAGCUAUUGAUUUCAAUUAAUAAAAGAGCAUUAGAGAUGGUGAUAAUAAUAGAAAGAGAUGGGUAUCACUUUAAAAUGAUAAUAUAGUCAAAAGGAUAUCAGAAGAAUCUGUUAAAUAAAUUGAUAUUUAAGAAAUGUCUGACACAUAAUCCAACAUAUUAAGAAACUCAAAUGCUAAAAAAAACUUUGAAUUUAAACAAAUCAGCUAAGAGUUAAGCUAGUCAAAAGAUAGUAGUGCUUUGGCUAAAUUUUUUAAAAACUCAAACGAUUAAGAUUCUAUUCUUAGAUCAAGAAAACAAAGGAUGAGUAUCGCUUCAUAAGAUGGAGUUAACAGUGCUCUUAUGUCUCUUUAUGAAGAUAAAAAGAUUAAAAAUACUCAAAUGAGCAAAGCUUUUAAAGCAUUCAAGCAAAGCGAAAUUUACAAAUUUGAUAAUUAGUCUAAAUUGUAAUAAUAUCAAGGGAGCCAAUUCCAAAAAGCGCGUUAAAUUUGGGUUAAUAUUUUUUAGACCAAAUAAUCUUCAAUAAAGGUAGAUUGA